AUGCAACAAGACACAAAUUUUUCCGGUUAUUACUGGAAAAGACCUUUGACUCUCAACGAACUCUUAGCUGAGGCAGAGGAGUUGGAACUUGGUGAUGACGCAGUUCCCACUGAAAUAGUGAUUUUCCCACCUGAAAACGAUGAUAUAACAGAUGAAGACAGUGGCGAUGAAGGUAACGUGGACAUAAAUAACCUACCUGGAGGACAGCUUGGAGAUAAUGCUGAGUUUAUGGAUAUGGCCCCUCCAGCCGAGCAUAACAGUGUAGACGAGUCGAUGGUGCCCUACUACGGAAGACAUCCAACGAAACAAUUCAUUCGUGGGAAACCCAUUCGCUGGGGAUAUAAAAUAUGGACUGGAACCAACAGAUUAGGAUAUAUUGAGUGGUUUGAGCCAUAUCAAGGUUCAAAUACUAAACUGUCAGAUGAAUAUAAGCCUUUAGAAAUGGGCGCAAGUAUUGUCCUUGAGUUCGUAGAUGCUUUAAAGGCCUCUCAAAAAGACAUGAAUUACCACAUCUUUUUUGACAAUUUACUUACGUCGUUGCCGCUGCUUUCUGAAUUAAAAUCUAGAGGCGUAAAAGGUACUAGAAUAAUUCGGGAAAAUCGUUUAUCAAAAAAUUGCCCAAUAGUGACAGCCGGUGAAAUAAAGAAACAACCACGUGGUAAUUUUGACUAUGCUACAACAGAAGAGAAUGAAAUUGUGGUCUGCAAGUGGCAUGACAAUAGUAUUGUCAACAUCGCUUCCAAUUAUUCUAUGGUUUUUCCAACUAUACAAGUCAAAAGAUUUUCUAAGAAAGAUAACAAGGUGAUUCUCGUCCCACAGCCGCAUAUUAUCAAAAUAUAUAACGAAAACAUGGGCGGAGUAGACAGGGCAGACCAAAUCAUAAGUUUAUACAGAACAUGCAUUCGAGGCAAAAAAUAG